AUGUGGAGACGUCAAAUCCCAAGGAUAACUUCACUUCAAAUGUCAUCGUUCGGCAGAAGUCGUCAAUGGGUUCCAGGAGAUUUUCGGGGUGAACGAUAUCGUGUUUCAUCCCCAACACAACACGCUGGUGACAAUCGGCUCCGAUGGACGUUACUCUAUGGACACGAAGGUAACACACAACCGGGCUCGAAAAAUCAUGCUGCACAACUGCUCAGAGGAUAUGAAACCACGGGCCAAGAAAUAAUGUAA